CAAUCGACGCACCGAUAGUCCAGGAAUUGUCACCAAAAACAAGCAACCGAUGCGAAAAGCAUAACAGUUUGAAAGUCUGAUAAAGUGCCCGAGAUGAGCGCGUAUUACCGGCGCGCGGCGCUGCGCAAUAAGAGCCCCAGCCGGGGCUCCCUCGAGGCGGAGAUGAACGAGUCCGGCUACACAUCCUUCCGGGCGCUGCACAAUUCCACCGCGGAGACGCCAUUUUUAUUGGAGGACGCUGACGGCGAGAACUGUCGCAAUGCGUCCAACACCUCAAUGAUUCGGGGGCUGACCACGCCCAGUGGGAGCCAGGAGCAGGACCUCCACCCGAGCAAGCCAUUUCCCCAUUCCAAGUCGCGCUCCCAAAGGGAGGGCUCUGUGGAUGUAGAGGAGCCCUUCUCGUUGACGCCUCGCCUUCAGGAGGCGCAGAGUCUGCCAAAGCGGCGCAAGAAACACUUCCAACCGCCGCACAGCAGCCCUAAGAAGUCCAAAAAGCUGCUCUUCCCCCAGCAGGAGCCACCGCCGCCGAAGAAUCGGUUCUACGGCGGCGUGGAGAAGCUGGACAUAGUGGCCAAGCUGGCCCAGAAACAACCUGCGCUGGAUUGCAUACUGCGUCAUGUGGGCGCCCACACGCUGGACGUGAUGACCCAGGUGUCGGCGGCCUGGAAGCAGGCCGUCUACCGCAGUCAGCGGGACUUGGAGCGCCUGCAGAACCACCGGCUCAAGCUAAGCCGUACCAAAGAGAAUCACCAAGUGCCCAAGCGGCGCAGCCAUGUGCCCAAGGCAAACCAUACAGUGCCAUUGCAGACCUCGAACCACAGCAGCCUGGCCAACAGUGCCGCCUCGCUAAUGGACUCGGGCAACUUGAGCUUCCACAUGAUGGAUGUGGAUGCCGGACGGGUUCUGCGCGAGCAGUCGCAGCGCGUCAAAUGCCCGCGCUGCGGACGGGGCAGUAGGGUCUUCAUCAGCGAGGCGGCCAGGAGCGGCGACACUGCGUUGUCCCAGACGCUGCCCAUCGGAUACAACACCAGUACAUUCCUCAGCUCGGGCGGACCGCCCCUCAAGCGCUUCUUGUCCCUGGAUCUCGACGACAUCAGGACCCCACCGCCAGCACCAGAAUAUAACUUUGCCGAGUGCACCAGCGUCAUUUGCCAGUUUCGUUUUUGCGUCAACUGCCUGUCCAAGUCCCAUCCCGGCGAGCGCUGCCUGGUCACCGAGCUGGACACGCCCUCCAAACUAAUGAUGCCCCGAGAGCGACUGACGCCGCCACAACGUCCCCAGAACCGCGAUCCCAAGAUCAGGAGGAAGAACUCGCUGAAACGUCUCUGCUUUUAGCUAUAACAUAGGCUUUUAUUUACGUUUAGUAUUCGAUUUAUUCAAAUCUCAUUAAGUCCGUAUUAUGUUCAGUGCAUCAAGUUUCAUUUUGUCAUCACAUACAUUCUCAUCGUUUUUAAAUCGUUCACUGUAAGGUUUGUCGGAAAUCUGUACCUCUGUGAGAUUAAUUAUUUUUUACAUAUGCGAAAUAUAAACAUUUUUAUGAUUAGAGCUUUAA